CACAGGCGCGGAGGGCGACGACGCGGGGAGCGGACAGUGACGUGCGGAAGGGGGUGACGCGGAGAGGAAGACCCCUGCGCCGACCACGCGGUGGUGCACUGCGUGCUGCGCUGCCUGCCUGGCCCCGUCUCGCAACCCAAACUGGCGGGCCAGGAGAAGACCUGCCCAAAUGUGGAAUUUCUCCGCUGGUACCAGCGGAAGCAUUUUCUGCUGUAACGAGCGAGCAUUCCUGCUUGUGUGGUGCCUGAAAUUCGAGUCUUCUUGGUUGUACUGUAGCUGGCUAGGUUCCGCUUGUGAUUGUCAUUUGCGGUUUUUCUACGGCGGUUUCUUUGGCGCAAUCGCAUUGAGGGGCGGAAGACGAAAGCGAGAAGACACCAAACCAGAGUGUGGCGGCUCGGUGGGGGCAAAAACGGGGCUAACCAGACCUUGGGCGCACCUUGCUGGUCUUAGCCAAUCACAGACCACAUUUCCAACUAAGCAAUGGGACUAUGAAGGAUCUUGAUUAUAUAAUGGGGGUAGUGGUGGGCCUGUGAGAAUGAAGCAGUUGGCAGACUGAGCACAGGCUGUGGCUCAAAACUCGAGCCAAAAUUUGGUUCUGUAGGCUGGCUAUGCUACUUGCGCGGCACCGCAGCACCGAAAUGGGCAGGCGCUCUCAUUCAACGCACAGCAAACCAGCACAGGUUCGCUGUCGAUCAGACUUUUGCCACUCUUCUUACUAGUAGGCUGGCUCUGUUAGUGGGUUCACGGUCAGGCGUCACCAAUGCCGGGAGAACUGGUUAGGCCGUCCGCAUCGUGCGGCAUUAGACCAACGACCGAUCUAGUAGCUGAGUAUUUGUUCGUGGACGUGCUAGGGAGGGGAAAGUACGGCGUGGUCUGGAAAUGCAGGGAGCGCCGCACGGGCCGCGAGUUCGCGUGCAAGCAGAUUGCCCUCAAGGAUCUCAACCCCCGUGCCUUGAAAGUAGCGCUUCGAGAAAUCGACGUCCUCAAUCGCAUGCGCGGUGCGAAGCAUGCAGUUUCCCUCGAAGCCGUCUAUGGCGACACGUCAUCGCUUUAUUUACUUCUAGAGCUGUGCACUGGCGGCGACCUGCUGUCGCGCAUCGAGCAGAAAGGGCGGCUGCCUGAGCGCGAAGCGCGGCAGGUGUUCGCAGCCGUGGUUCGCGCUGUCGGGGAGUGCCACGUCCGCGGUAUAGUCCACCGCGAUAUUAAGCCCGAAAACAUUCUCCUCUGCCCCGUCGCCCCCUCGAAAGCCAAUCCCCGCGAUAUCGUCUCUCUGAGUAACCACGAUCUCUCAGAUUUCGUUCCGAAGCUCGCGGAUUUCGGCCUGGCGCUUCAUCUGCCGGCGGACCAGCAGGUGCUCGGAUACGCGGGCAGUUUCCCCUACGAGGCACCCGAGGUGGUUGCGCGCGCGCCGUACGACAUCUCCGCGGACGUGUGGAGCCUCGGCGUGCUGCUCUUCGCCAUGCUCUCGGGCGCGUGGCCGGGAUUCGCGGAGGGCAGCACGGACAGGCGGCUGGAGCGCGCGGUGGACUGGCGCGAAGAGUGCUGGGCGGGGGUGUCGGCGCGCGCAAAGGCGCUGAUUGCGCGCCUGAUGGCUGUAGACGCGGAGAAACGGCCGAGCGCGGUGGAAAUAUUAGAAGACUCUUGGUUCAUCGAGGAAGCUUAUAUGGCGGAUGGAGAAGAGACGCCGCGGUGCUGCCCCGCCGUGAGGACACGUGGAGACGUGAGCGGAUGCCACGUGGCACUGACCAUCGACGUGGGAUGCGGGGAAGAGGACGAGCGGGGCGCUGGUGGUGAAGUGUGGGAGGAAAGGGGGGAUAGAAAGAGUGAGGGUUCGUGCCUUGAGGUGAGCCUAAAUCGUGUGGCUGUGCUGCCGCCUCUUCGCCACGUGGCAUGCAGGAGUCCACGUGGACGUGAGCAGCUCGUGUCGCCAAUAGGGAGCCGCACCCGCACCAUGGGUGGAUGGGGACGCUUCGCUGCUGGCGUGGGGAUGGCGGGGCGGCAGUGAGAGCAUGGCACGGGAGAUUCGUGUGAGGCACGGGGGUUGUCAGGAUGGUGUGAGUGCGAGCGUUGAUGGCUUGGGGUUCAGCAUACCAGCCAAGGUGCGGAUGACUGAAUCUCGCCAUGGCAGUCCGGAUGACAAGCACGAAGCACAGGGAGGCAGCCAAAGCUGCUGUGUGUCAUGCGGUUGCUGCCUGGGUCAUUCCAGGUGCUCUGGGCGACCCAAAUAAAGAGCGUUCGCUCAGCACACCUGUGCAACAGCAUUAGUGGGGCCCAACCGUGCUUGCUUAGUGGGUAUAAACGGUGUGGGUGGGCUGUACUGCUUGUUCACAGGUACCGUAAUAGCUUGGAAUAUACGAUAUGAGUUGGG